UCAGCGUGAGCGGUCUCAUCAAAAAAACCUAGCUACUUAUUUAAAGUACUGAAAGGUAGUCGUGCAUGUAUAAUUUCGAAUAGAAAUUGCUAGUUUGUAACCGUACCGAUGUCAGAUUGGUUCAAUUAUUAUUACCCUUGACAAAAGUCAGUCGAUGUAGCUAGCUAGCUAGCCCUACUGAGUUGUGGUUAUGAAGUUGAUAAGCGGUUUAUCUAACUUAGCUAGCUAAUAGCUAGCUGGCUUAGGUUGAUUUUUUACUGCAGAACAAGCAUCGAUAUGUAACUAUUGAAUGGUGGCUAAUUCCUUGACGAUUCUGUUUUGCUCUGAACUGUCCUGCGUCUAGUUAGUUAGUGCAUAUUUUCAACUUGCACACUAACUAGCUAACUGAUGUUUUUGAGUUAUGCUUAACACAGUUAACUUGAAGUUAGCUAUUCUGAAUGCAGGAGUGUGGUUAUGUCAUCUGCCUUCGAUAAACAAUGGCAACGACGCAGUGCUAGUCAUACCGUUAAUGAGAUAAUGUUCAAAGGUAACGUUACAAUACAAACGUUGCAUGUGGUACAGCAGCAGUUCGUUUUGCACGACGUGCUUCAUGGUAACUGUUACCCUGGCAUUUAAAACCAAAGUUUGCUUUGCCUAGAGUUCAUACUCAUGUUUGAACUACGGACUGUUGAGUAAUCACGUCCACGUUCACUCUGUAACUCAUGUUUCUUUUCAACAGGAAGUAACUGCUUGUCACAGCAGUCUUAAAAAAAAUAAAAAUAAUAAUAGGGUCAUUGGUCCUGUCAGUAAUGUCUGGCAUGGAGACCCUAAAUUACCCUAUGAAGUAUGGACCUGAACCUGUGUAAAAAAUCUUUUCAGAGAGAAUGGCAAGGUUCCGCAGAAAAACUUGCAUUACCUUGACUGGGAUAAUACUUUUCAUAUUUACUAUAAUUAUCAUUUUGAAAUCCUUGCGGCCAGAAGGUUUGGGGUUCGGAAGUCCAUUUGGUCUUGGGCUUUUUCCAUACAUCAGAAGAUCAGAAGGGGGAAACAUUCCUGGUGCUGGUGACAUGGAGGGAACCAAUGCCAAAAUGAGUACUCUGGAUUCUGAACUGGAAGUUGCAUUGGGUCAAUUCCCUGCCCCGAACUACAACCUGCAUGUCUUUUACUAUACAUGGUAUGGCAACCAGCAGUUUGAUGGCAAGUACAUCCACUGGAACCACCCAAAUUUACCGCAUUGGGACCCCAAAGUGGCUGCCGGGUAUCCAAAAGGAAAACACAAUCCACCAGAAGAUAUUGGGGCCAACUUUUACCCUGCUCUGGGGGCGUACAGCUCCCGUGACCCCUCCAUCAUUGAAGCUCAUAUGCUGCAGAUCCGGACCUCAGCUGUUGGUGUGUUAGCCCUUUCGUGGUAUCCACCUGGCAUGGCAGAUGACAACGGAGAGCCAACUGAUGAUUUUGUGCCUCUCAUUCUUGAUGUGGCCCAGAAAUACCAAGUUAAGGUGGUUUUCCACAUUGAACCUUACAAAGGAAGGGAUGACCUCAGUAUGUACAACAGUAUCAAGUACAUCAUGCAGAAGUAUGGGGAGCAUCCUGCCUUCUAUAGACACAAAACCGGUAGUGGAAAGCUUCUCCCACUGUUCUAUGUGUACGACUCCUACCUGUUGAGCUCGGACAAGUGGGCCAACCUCCUCAAAGACCCCGGCCGCCACAGCAUCAGGAACACCCCCUUCGACGGAAUCUUCAUCGCCCUCCUGGUUGAGGACAAGCACAAGAAGGACAUCUUAGCCGCCGGCUUCGACGGGGUGUACACGUACUUCGCCACCAACGGCUUCUCCUACGGCUCAUCCCACAGCAACUGGAGAACGAUCAAGAGCUUCUGUGACAGCAACAACCUGAUGUUUAUUCCCAGCGUGGGGCCUGGCUACAUGGACACCAGCAUCCGGCCUUGGAACUACCAGAACACGAGGAACCGCAUUAACGGAAAGUACUAUGAGACCGCGUUCGCUGCCGCCCUGGAAGCCAGGCCCGACAUCAUUUCUAUAACGUCCUUCAAUGAGUGGCACGAGGGCACUCAAAUCGAGUUGGCCAUCCCCAAGACGGCGGGCCAGACCAAGUAUGAGGACUACUUGCCCCACAAGUCAGAUGCCUAUUUGGAAAUCACACACAGAUGGGCAGAGAAGUUUGCCAAGGAGAGGGAGAAAUGGUUGGUUUGAGCAAAGUCUGUGAUGUGGGUUGAGUGAUUGGAUACAAACACGUCUUUGGACCACUACGAAGAUGUUGGGAAGAAUCCUGAAAAGUCUGUCUGACUGUGGUCAGACCUCUCAUCGCAUCAUCCUAAGCUUCAGUGACUAAGAGUUACAGUAUGGACAGGAUUGGAGAAGAAAGGGAGACCAAGAACAUGUUAUUUCAAUGUGUGAUGCAAGGAUGCACCGUGAAUAAGAUUUGUGGUUUUUUAUUUUGCAAAUGCAAAUAUGAAAUUAUCUGUCCUAUUUCUAACAUGAGACAUGCUAAGUGUUCUGCACUCUCAGUUAAUUUCAGUACAUUUUUUUGCCCUAUGAAAAGGUCUUCAGGAAAAAUGUAUCGUUUAGAUUUGAAGGAAUGUACACAUGUUAACAAAGUUUUGGUAUAGCUUACUACUGAUUAACACUAAGCCAAUCAGUUGCCAAUCUUGGCGUUUUGGCUUUUGCAAGCAGCAAGUUUACUUCCACAAAAACAUGGCUGACAAUUUUACAUGAAACCUUGUCAGUCAACUACUCCCUUCAACUAUCAUUUAUCUUGUUCUCAGUUCUUGGGUGAUGAAUUUGAGACUAUUGUUAUGCAAAGAAACUACAAAACUUAAAAUGUGUAAAGUGAAAUUGAGAACAAAUGCAAGAAAGCCUUGUAAGCUUCAGAUUUCCAGCCGCACUGACAAAGAAAUGUGUCCUUCACUGUCACUGUGUUCCUGCAUGAACACCUACCUCACUUUUUAAUCUGUAGAGCAGUGCUCCGUGCAUGACUAUUCUUUUCAUUGUUUUGUGUGGAACAGUCUUUUUAUAUAAUGUUCAGCCAACAUGUCUGUUCAGUUAAACCUGGCACAAAUGGUGUCAUCCUAGUCAUAAUAUUUCUAUUGCAAUUUUCAAUACUCAUAAAGCGCUUACAGGGGAAACUCGCCUCAACCACCACCAAUGUGUAGCACCCACCUGGGUGAUGCACGGCUGUCGUUUUGCGCCAGAACGCUCACCACACACCAGCUGAGGUGGAGAGGGAGAGAACAAUGUUGUUUUGCCAAUUGAAUCAGGAGAUGAUUAGGUGGCAGGUUGAAAGAGCCAGGGUUGGGAAUUUAGCCAGGACACCGGGGAACCACAUAUCAUUUGCGAAGAAUGGCAUGGGACUUGCUUUCAGUGAAUAUUCCUGAUUCUGGAUGUACCCAAUAUUGAGUGCCUCAGUUACAGGUUACAUAAUGUGCACAGGUCACAUAACACAAAGUGUUCAUUUCAGUUCUUACUGUGUAGUUUGAUAAAUUAGGCAGUCAAUGCCCAGUAGGAAACGUAGGAGAAUUAAUAGCCUUUAUGAAAAUACAAAUGAAUAGGGGUGUUUAUUUAACCCAAGUUUAACCACCUUAUGGACUGCGGGCAAACAUUUUCAAAACUUUUUUUCCUGUAAAUUCCAUAUAAAACAACCGAUGAAUAAUACCUACACAUUUUUGCUGUGUUAAUCUCUCUCAAAGCGUUAAUUUUAGUUCAUCUUGCAGUAAAUCCUAAAAACCGCUGUGCUUUCUGUAAAAUGAAACCCUUUCCUGUUUAAAGCUUCUGUUCAAUAUGUGACAAUUCUGGGCUCCCAUCAAAUGUUUCCUGUAUUCUUCUCUUUUUUUCCCACAUUUGGAUAUCAUGGACAUAUCUGGUAUUAAUAAACUGUACCAACCCAUCUCAUUCUCAAA